UUUAAUAACCUGCCUUGAAGAAAGUUAAGCUGAAACGUCUGCUCGGCUUCCAAGAUGCUGCCGCCCAAAUCGCAUGCGCUUCUCUGCCUCUGCAGCUGCCUGGCACUGGUUCAUCCUUUUGACUGGCAAGACCUAAAUCCCAUUGCCCAGAUUAAAUUAUCAGCCUGGGUCAAUAAAAUACAAGGUCUGAUGGCUGCUGCAAGCUUUGGCCGAACGAAAAUCCCCAGAGGAAAUGGAUCUUAUGCCGUUGGUUGUACAGACUUGAUGUUUGAUUACACAGAUAAGGGCACCUUCUUGCGUUUGUAUUACCCAUCCCAAGGUGACAAUCGCUCUGACACCCUUUGGAUCCCAAACAAAGAAUAUUUUUGGGGUCUCAGUAAAUUUCUUGGAACACACUGGAUGAUGGGCAAAAUUUUGAGCUUUUUCUUUGGUUCAAUGACAACUCCUGCAGCCUGGAAUUCCCCUCUGAGGACUGGUGAAAAAUACCCACUAAUCAUUUUUUCACAUGGUCUUGGAGCCUUCAGGACUAUUUAUUCUGCUGUUGGCAUUGACCUGGCAUCCUACGGGUUUAUAGUCGCUGCUGUAGAACACAGAGACGAAUCUGCAUCUGCGACUUACUACUUCAGGGACCAAACUGCUGCAGAAACAGGGAACAAGACUUGGCUCUAUAUCAGAACCCUAAAACAAGGGGACGAGGAGUUUCCUCUACGAAAUGGGCAGGUGCGGCAAAGAGCAAAGGAGUGUUCUCAAGCUCUCGAUUGGAUUCUGGACCUUGAUCAGGGAAAGCCAGCGAAGAAUGUGUUAGAUUUAGAGUUUGGUGUGGAACAGCUGAAGGACACUAUCGAUAAGGAUAAAAUAGCAGUUAUGGGACAUUCUUUUGGUGGAGCCACGGUUGUUCAAACUCUGAGUGAAGACCAGAGAUUCAGGUGUGGUAUUGCCCUGGAUGCCUGGAUGCUUCCAGUGGGUGAGGAAGUUUGUUCCAGGAUUCCUCAGCCCCUCUUUUUUAUCAACUCGGAACGGUUCCAAUAUCCUUCUAAUAUCAAAAAAAUGAAAAAAUGCUACUUGCCUGAUAGAGAAAGAAAAAUGAUUACAAUCAGGGGUUCAGUCCAUCAGAAUUUUGCUGACUUCACUUUUGCCACGGGCAAAAUCAUUGGAUGCAUGUUCACACUAAAAGGAGACAUAGAUUCAAAUGUAGCUAUUGGUCUCAGCAACAAAGCUUCGUUAGCAUUCUUGCAAAAGCACUUAGGACUUCAGAAAGAUUUUAAUCAGUGGGAUUCUUUCAUUGAAGGGGAAGAUGCUAAUCUUAUUCCUGGGACCAACAUUGACACAACCAACCAACAUGCCACUCUGCAGAACUCUACAGGAACAGAGAAAUAGGAUUUAGAUUAAAAGAGCUUUUAAAAAGUCUGAUUUAAAAACUGUCUAAAAGAG